AUGGUUCGCGCGUCCCAAUCCACAACCUUUUCGGCCUCUGCGUACUUUGACGACAGAGGUUCCAACGGUGUUGCACAGCCAAUCACGGAAAGAAUCAACCCACAUUCGAGACCGAUAGUGUCGUACUACUUCCCAAAGGGUGUCGGCGAACACCAUUAUGGGGACCGUCAUCCGAUGAAACCUCAUCGGUUAACCUUGACCAACGAGCUCGUGCUGGGUUACGGCCUAGAUAAACAGAUACACAAUAUAUAUAACCCCCCGCGAGCCUCCCGAGAAGAACUCUUGGGAUAUCACGAUCCAGAUUAUAUUGAUUUUCUGUCAAGAGUGACUCCGCAGAAUCAGAACCAGAAUAAUAUGAAGCACCUCAUAGAAAAUCACAACUGCACAGAGGAUUGCCCGAUAUUUGCGGAGAUGUACGACUUCUGUCGUAUGUAUGCCGGUUCCUCGCUAGCCGCUGCGAGAAAACUCUGCGCAGGCACGACGGACAUCGCCAUAAACUGGUCAGGAGGACUGCACCAUGCUAAACGAGGCGAGGCGAGUGGCUUUUGCUACGUUAAUGACAUCGUGCUUGCCAUUUUGGAGAUCCUGAAGUAUCACCCCAGGGUUCUGUACAUCGAUAUCGACAUUCACCACGGAGACGGUGUUGAACUAGCGUUCUACCACACGAACCGCGUCAUGACGCUCUCGUUCCACAAGUACAACGGUGACUUCUUCCCAGCCACCGGGAAACUGGACGACAACGGAGCUGAACUGGGGAAAUACUUCGCGCUCAACGUGCCCCUAUCUGACGGCAUUACCGACGAAAUGUAUCUGGAAAUAUUUAAGACGGUUGUCGACGACACCGUCACGGCUUUUCGACCUAGCGUCAUUGUCCUGCAAUGCGGUGCAGAUUCUCUGGGCUGCGACCGUCUCGGCGCGUUCAACUUGUCGAUAGCUGCCCACGGCGAGUGCGUCAACUUUGUGCGCAAGUACAACGUCCCAUUGCUGGUUCUGGGCGGCGGCGGAUACAACAUCAAAAACGUCAGCCGGUGCUGGACGUACGAGACCUCUGUCCUCGUCGGCGCGGAGAUUCCCGACGAGUUGCCGCGCACGGUAUACGACUCGUUCUUCCGCGACUCGCAGUGGAAGCUGCACCCGCCGCUCACUGGUCGAGUGGACAACAUGAACACGCCGCAAUCGCUGCAGAAGAUAAUCAUCAGCAUACGAAACAAGCUGCGGUAUAUACAGGGCGCGCCGAGCGUGCAGAUGCAGGAGCUGCCGCCGGAUCUGGAGAACUGGCUGAAGGAAGAGGCGGAGCGGAACGAAGAGUUGAAGAGCACCGCGUUCCCGGCCGACAUGCGCAGCGAGCGGACGACGGCGAGGAAUGAGUACUACGACGGCGAGAACGACGUGGACCAGGAUGCGGAGCCGGCUUUGGCAGCACGGGGACGCGGAGUGGCCGCAGUGAAACGAGGGAGGGCGGUUAGGAGAGGUCGUGGCAGGGGACGGCCAUCGACUGUCAAACCCAAUUAUGUCAACCGUGAAGAAGGAGAAGAGGAUACAGAAGGGUCCACACCGGUGCCUGCUGCAAAGACUAGGGGAAGACCGCGAGGACGAGCGAGGGGGAGAGGCCGUGGUAGAGGUAGAACGCGGACCAAGGCCAGUGUGCAAGAUGAGGCGGAAGGGGACGAGGAAGGUGCAGAUGCAGCUGUUGAUGCUGACCAAACGGCGGCGGACGAUGCGGAUGUGGUCAUGGAGGACGCACUAGAUCCAGAUACGUCUCUGCUGACAUCGGAGUCUAUGUCGGCGGAUGUCAAUCAAGCAGGUUGA